AUGGCCACCUCGCUCGCAUCUUCCAAGCUCGCCCAGGGCCAACCCGACGCUCCUCCGUUCGACAUCACCCAGCCGCGCUACGACACAAAGACCUACUUCGGCCGCGUCCGCCAUUUCGCCUCGAUCACGUCCCCUCUCACGCUCCUCGCCUCGCCCACCGACUUGAAGAAUGCGCAGCGGCUGUUGAAGGAGUACCAGGAGGGAACGGGCGAGGGACGGAAGGCUUGGGGACACGAGGAUCAGUACGGCGUGUGGAAGGCCAAGCAGCUCGUCGACUCUUCCAUCCAUCCCGACACCGGCGAGCCCGUCCCCCUCCCCUUCCGCCUCUCCGCCUUCGUCCCGACCAACCUCGUCAUCGUCGCCGGCAUGCUCGCGCCCAAUCCGUCUCUCAAGUCGGUCAUCUUCUGGCAGUGGGCCAAUCAGUCGCUCAACGUCUGCGUAAACUAUUCGAACGCGAACAAGUCGAUCAAGAUGUCGACAAGCGAGAUUGCCUCCGCUUACGCCGCCGCAACCGUUGCCUCGUGCUCCAUCGCCGUCGGCCUCUCGCAACUCGUCCCCCGCCUCCGGGUCUCCCCCUCCGCCCGCGCCCUUCUCUCAAAACUGGUCCCCUUCGCCGCCGUAGCAAGCGCCGGAUGCGUCAAUAUCGGCCUGAUGCGAUGGAAGGAGAUGCGUGACGGCAUCUCGGUCUUCAAGCCCUCCGACCCGAAGACUGGCCGGCCUUCGAGCGAGGAGCUGGGCAAGUCGAGCAUCGCCGGAGCGUACGCCGUCGGACAGACUGCAGCGAGUCGCGUCUUGACCAACAUCCCCACCCUCAUCCUCCCGCCCAUCAUCAUGACACUCCUCGAGAAGCGCGGCGUCUUCAACCGCCCGAACGGCCGCCGGCUCAACACCGUCACGCACAUCGGCUUGAUCGGCCUCUCCCUCCUUGUCUUCCUCCCGCCCGCCAUCGCCGCUUUCCCCUCUCGCGCGAGCAUCUCGCCGAAAAAGUUGGAGGAGCGGUUCCACGAGGUGCCGUUCGAGGAGGUCGAGUUUAACAAGGGGUUGUAG